AUGGUGGCUCAUCGAAUCAGUCAUCCUGAAGUUUCCAUUGAAGGCUCUGCUCCAGAUAUUGGGGACUAUGAUGAGAUUCCCAAUGCCAGCGAAAACUCUUCGUUUAGGGGGAAGAAAGACAAUGCUUUCUCUACAAUGAAAGCACCCCGAACCGAGCCGCCAUUGUCUCUUCCGGAUCUACUUGGUUAUGGUGGAUUAUUUGGAGUCAUUGGGGGCUCGUUCUGGAUCCUUGGUAUCUUUGGCUUUCUCACCUUCCUCUGGUUUGGGCAUGGUUCUCGUCCCGAGGCGGCCGACGCGACUUCGCUCUGGCGUUUCCUUGCUUUGCAUAACUAUUUUCCCGAGACUGUCACAAUCUGUUCAGUCGCACUGCGCAUUGUUGUGGGCAUUCAGGCUACUAUUUGCACUUCGAUGCUUGCAGCGCUUAUGCUCGAGAAGCACGGUGCUCGGAAGACUCAGGGGGCAUGGCUUUCUAUUAUGCGCAGUAUUAAUGAUGGCCCUAUGAAGCUAGGGGGUAUCCUAGCUAAAGGACCUAGUGUCGCUUUCCUGCAUGUGGAGACAUGGUUGACGUUCCUCAUUAUCAUCGUCACACUGGCACUUCAAUUUUCGUCAACCCUUCUUCUUUCGGACAUAGACAAUUUCGUUAUCCUAGGAAACCUCAAUGCCACUGAGUUCGGAGACCUCUUUUCACUUAAGAAUGGUUCGAACAUCACACUUUCCUUUGACAAUAAUAUUAGUACCCGGCCUCCAAUCUAUGCGGCUUUCGGCGAAGUUCAAGCAGGAUUCAACGCAACACCGAAUGAAAGGGGCGCAAGCGAUACAGGCUUUAUUCAAAGGUCUCUGAUACCUAUCUCCGACGUUAACCAACGGACUUCUGUCAGGAAAUUAGAAGGUGCUACGAUGGUAAUGGGUUCUCAUGUUUCUUGUAUUCGGCCCCAUAUCGAUGCCAAGUAUGGCUCCUUCACCUAUCAAUGGAACGAGAAUAUCCACUACGGGUACAUUGAAGGCACCGUUGAUUAUAACGCGUCGUUUUCUGAGGCAGGCGUAACUUCAAAUAUGCCAUGUAAUGAUAAAGACUGUGCGGCCGUAGGCUUCGGCUGCGUCAUCCCUGGCGUGGAUGCAAAAGAAGCUGGUUGGCAGACAACGGCUUGUAUAUUCGAUGGCGUUGGGGGUAGAGGGAAUACUUCCGAUUUUAAUUUUACCUGGAAUCCAUCGGAAGGUCUUUGGUCACCGAACACAACUAUGGCUUUGGUUAUGAGCACCAGUAUGGGUUAUGUGGACUGGUCAAAAGUCCAGGAUAUCGCAAUUCUGCCUGCUGGUGAUCCAUAUAUGGAAUGGCAGAGCUAUGAUACAGGCUCAGGAUAUUUCAACAUAACUCUCUGCUCAUUCGGGUUCAACCUUGGCCGCUUUCGUACGUCAAUGGUAGCUCCUACACCGUUACGGGAACCACAAACUACGUUUGACCACUCUACCACUGUCCAUAGUACAGCGGAUGUUCAAAAUUUCAUGGGUGUCAACGUACUACAGGGCAGUCACGCAGCACGGAGCAUCCUUGAUCUCAAAAUCCUCGGUCCUGCUGAGGACCUUCCUGCACCUUCGCAAAACUUCUUCUUUUUAGGAAACAUUACAAUCGGCCGGCUAGUAUCGAGUGUGAUGGAGUCGGUCAUAUACGACCAAUUUUGGGCCAGUGCCGACGGCAACACGACUAUGCUUCUUUGCAGCUUCUGCAGCGGAGUGGCUAGCCAGUUUGUCCAUCCUGAAAUUUCCUUACUUUUCAGUGACACGGUUGCCGAGACUGGGCGAGCUGCCAAUGCCCUUAUGUCGCUUUUAACAACUUGGUUCGGGUUGGCUUAUUACACGUAUCUUGGCGAUCUUAAGAUACCAUACAACGCAACAGUGCUAGCCACCAAGACGGUCCAAACUCCAAGGAUGUGUUCGAUAAAUGGCUGUCCAGGGUAUAUUACGGUCAGCACGCUCAUUCUCACACAUGUGAUUUCCGUCGUAACUAUCGCGGCUUUGUACGUUGUGCAGACUCGGUACUCUCGUUAUGGCAACGUGUGGCAUACAGUCGCACAGCUUAGAGGAGAUGAACUUGCCGACGUACUAGAUGAAGCACACGACGCUAGCGACGCGACAGUAGAGCAAAAUCUGAAAAUGCAGGAUGAAGCUCAACUUCUGAAGGUCGGAAGGCAAAGUGGAAACGGUCGUGUCGGGGUGAUUGAAGGUUAA